AUGACGGAAACAACGUCCAGUACAGCUCUCAAAUAUGAGGACCGAGCGCUCGCAAUCCUAGAAAUUUUUCAGACCGCCGCCGAAGGACUGCCUGCUGAUAAUCCGCGCAAGCAGACUUAUAUCUUCGCAAUGGGGUACCUUCUCGAAAUUGCCAAGAGCAUUGACAACUUCGAGCACGACAUCAACGACCCCGAGUUCCGGGGAACAGGCCACCAGAAAAUCAAAUAUCUCCGUUUCAACUAUAAUAUGAUCGAUAGGGCAAGGCACGGCAUCUUGUAUGAUAUCCAAAGUGAAGAGAUUGAGAUGGGAGGGAAGGAGUUUCUUGCCCUAGAGGAGGAAAUGGCGCCGAAGGUGAGGAGGAUUCUCCUCGACAGCAUGCCGAAGGCGCCGAACCCUUGGGAAACAUAUUCCCCGUUCUAUUAG